AAGAACCCUGCCCUGCAGGGAAGCUGAGGAGGAAGCUGUAACGCAGCCAGAAGAGUCUCCCUUCCGUCCUGCCGUCCUGCUGGAAGGAGGUCAGCACCAGCAGACAUGGCUGCCUGCAUAAGCCUGGUUUAGCAGCAGCCCAGCCUCGGGUGAACAGGAUGCCGUAUUAGACGCCAUGGAUGGAGCGCAAAGUGCAGGCCUGCGGCUGCAGCCGCUCCCGCCCACUAGCGGGGCCACGUCAGUGAGCCUGAGCCUCAGCGAGGGCUCCUUCUCCUACAAGGAAAACUUGAUUGGCGCCCUCCUGGCAAUUUUUGGGCACCUCGUAGUCAGCAUUGCCCUUAAUCUCCAGAAAUACUGCCACAUCCGCCUGGCAGGCUGCAAGGAUCCUCGUGCCUACUUCAAGACCAAGACAUGGUGGCUCGGCCUGAUCCUCAUGCUGCUGGGCGAGCUGGGUGUGUUUGCCUCCUACGCCUUCGCCCCGCUCUCGCUCAUCGUGCCCCUCAGUGCCGUCUCCGUGAUAGCAAGCGCCAUCAUAGGAAUCAUAUUCAUCAAGGAAAAAUGGAAGCCUAGAGACUUCCUGAGACGCUAUGUUUUGUCCUUCGUGGGCUGUGGCUUGGCAAUCGUGGGUACCUACCUGCUGGUGACAUUCGCACCCAACAGCCAUGAGAAGAUGACAGGCGAGAAUAUCACGAGGCACCUCGUGAGCUGGCCUUUUCUCCUGUACAUGCUGGUGGAGAUCGUGCUGUUCUGCCUGCUCCUGUAUUUCUACAAGGAGAAGAAUGCCAACAACAUCAUCGUGAUUCUCCUCUUGGUGGCCUUACUUGGCUCCAUGACGGUGGUGACGGUGAAGGCUGUGGCUGGGAUGCUGGUCCUGUCCAUUCAAGGGAACCUGCAGCUCGACUACCCCAUCUUCUACGUGAUGUUUGUGUGCAUGGUGGCCACCGCCGUCUACCAAGCCGCGUUUCUAAGUCAAGCCUCACAGAUCUAUGACUCUUCCCUGAUUGCCAGCGUGGGCUACAUCCUGUCCACCACCGUGGCCAUCACAGCCGGCGCCAUCUUUUACCUGGACUUCAUUGGGGAGGAUGUGCUGCACAUCUGCAUGUUUGCCCUGGGGUGUCUCAUCGCCUUCUUGGGUGUCUUCCUGAUCACACGGAACAGGAAGAAGGCCAUUCCAUUUGAGCCCUAUAUUUCCAUGGACGCCAUGCCAGGUAUGCAAAGCAUGCACGACAAAGGGAUGACCGUCCAGCCUGACCUCAAAGCUUCUUUUUCCUAUGGGGCCCUGGAAAACAACGACAGCAUUUCUGAGAUCUACGCUCCUGCCACACUGCCAGUCAUGCAAGAAGAACAUGGCUCCAGGAGCACCCCUGUUCCCUACCGGGUCCUGGAGCACACCAAGAAGGAAUGAACCACCAUGAGCCCAGCUCUCCUUCCCUUGGUUUCUAACUGGCUGGGCCAGCCCAAUAAUAGGUCUCCCCUUUCAUUCUUGACCUUCAGACUUGCCUUUCAAGUCAGGUUUUUCAACCAAGAACUCUGCGGAAGGAGGUCUUGGGAAAUCUUUGUCCCUGGCAAAAGAUGUGUUAACUUGGUCUUGGAAAUUUCAAAUGGGGAGAAGGAAGGCAGUCUGAAAGUGGCAGGUGUCGCAGCCCUGAUGGGGUUUGAAGCUGUGAGGUUGCCGAGCCUCCCAGGCUAAAGGUUGCCAUGGUCUUGAGAGCUGAGGCCAGGUGGAGAUCCUCAACUCCAGAGGAAGACUACAGACCUCCACUGCCGCCAUCUUCCUCCACCUCACAUGCAUGCCUGUCUCCACCUGUGUCAUCCACAAUCCCGUGUCCACGCUAUCUUCUCCCCGCCCUUUGCCUGGCACUGUGGGCCAACGCUGAGCGGGAUGUGCAAUCACUGGCCGCUUGGCAGUGAGCAUCUGCCUCCCAGGGAAGACAUGUGCAGUGUGUUUUUAUUGGUUCUACCCUGAAAACUAACUUGGCUCUGGCCCUGUGAGAACUACUUGAUUACUCCCCUCCCCAGAAGGAAGUUAGGAGAAGGGAAGAAUAAGAGAGGUUCCCUGUAGGCCCUUUCCAUCUUGUCCAUUCCUCUCUAUUUUUUUUUGAGAUAGGGUCUCUCUCAUGCCAACCUGGAGCUCUCUGUGUAGCCUAGGUUGGCCUCAAACUUAUGAUCCUCCUGUCUCAGCCUCCUGAGUGCUGGUGUGGACCACCAUAUUUGGCUUUUCUGUCCAUUCUUUACCAAAGGGUCCACAGAUGCUCCGGCUGUUUGCUGAGUCACAUUUUCUUUUGGGAAGAGCCUGGGGUGCUUGCUUCAGAAACAGCUCACUCACUUCCCAUCCUUGAGCAUCCCCUUUACAAACUUACACAAACCAAACGAGCCACGGGUUCAUUUUGCUGGAAUCGGCGGAGAUUGUCAGCCUCCUCGGCUCCAACACACGGUGCCCGUGUGUGUGCCCAGCAUUGUCUUCCUCUAGACUGAUGGUAUGUUUUGGGAGAUGGCAGGUAAAGGUUUGCAAACUUUAUACAUACAGUUCCUCCCUCUCGGGAGUUUAUUUAGAAUGCAGAUUUCUCACCCUAACUGUAGAGAUGAGGCCUAGGAGGACAGGGCUGCAGCCUAGGAAUCUGCAUUCUUAACUAGCAGGCAUCCCAAGAUCUCACCCCGGUCAGAAGCCUACUAAAGGAAAAACAUAGCCACCAAAACCCCAAGAGGCCCACCCACCCCUGCCAGAAAGUUAAAGUCCCCCAUUCUAUGUCCUCUGGAUCCUCUGGGCAAGUCGAACAGACCUAUGGGACCUGUGGCAUUUCUCCACUCACCUCAGAGCCACGCCCCCUGCUUCCCUAGGUAGUCUGUAUAUAUACUAGGCCAGACAACAGUGUUAACAGCCCAGUGUCCGCGUAAGUCUCUCAUCUUCAUGCCUUGCACUCUAUACCGACUCCUUACCUGACUCCAGAUCUCUGCCAUCUGCUACCUGUGAUGCCUACUUCCAUAUCUUCUCUUAACCACUUUUGUAUUUUGUCCUCUGUUGCCUAAGAAAGCAAUGGACAAUGAUUGCCCCUCUUAGGAUGGGUUAUCACUUAUUACUAUGUGUUAAGAAAUUGGAGGGUAAAACUCAAACCUAUGAUAUGGCUCCCUAGCUCCAGGCGAAGCACAGAUACCCAGAAAUCUCCUGCAGGGUGGGCUACCAUAGGUGUGAAGUAUAAGAGUGGAGAAAAAAGGACAGCACUGGAGGUCCUGCCAAAGGCUGGGCGCUGAGCCUAUUCACAGACAUUGGCAAAUGUGAAGAUCUGAGCAAAGCAGAGAAUAGGGUGAUCACAUAGGUGUGUGCAUGAGUGUGCACUCGUGAGCACACACACACAGCAGAGGGACCAGCAUUAGGAAAGGCACCAAGAUAGGACAGAAAGAGUGGUAGAAGCCAAACCACAGAGCGGCUUAGAUACCUGGCAGCGUUUAAAGUGGAGUGUAUAAGGCGUAGGAGCCCGCAUGGUUCAUGCGGAAGAGAUGACAGGAUCAGCCCCUGUUGGAAAGGAGCUCUUGUGGGGGAAAAAAUGAGUUAUGAGGUGCCUCUCAUGGUCAAGCUCCAAGCCUAGGAUUGAAUCAGGUUGUGCUGCUAUUCAGCUACUCAUUUCUCUAGUGAUUUUUUCCCCCUAAGACUGAAGAGAGGGGAGGGAGGGCAAAAACAAGAUGAGCAGGGACAUUUUAGCUGUGUUAACCCUGGUGGCCAGUAGUAGUGAUGGGACAAUUUCUGCUCGCAGCCUUCCUGAGCCCUUUCCUGGGUUGCUGUGGGCAUGUGGCUUUGGCCAGCUGAGUGGGCAGCCCCGCCCUGCACUGUAACUUCAGGCAUGCUGCAGAUCAAGGGGACCACAGCACCCAGGAACCGCCACUGGCUAGGGCAGCUUACCUGCCUUCAGGUUGGGGACAGAGGCUUCAUCCUGCAGAGCUGUACCACCAAGAGCUGAGCACAAGGCUGGGUGACAGUCCCCAAAGUGGAGGUUGGGCAGGUCUCUAGGGUGUCCAGGGAAUAGCUGAGAGCUAGAUCCACAGAGUUCAGACUGGCUUAAUUUUCCUGGCCUUUGACCCCAGGCAUACAUGGAGAGUCUUAACUCAUGACAAGACAGCAUGAGCUGUGAGGACUAUGGAAGGACAGUGUCACACACCCUGAUCCUCGGCCCAGGUACCCAAGCCAUCUCAAAUACUCCAAGCAGUGUAAAAUGGAAAGUCUCCACCUCAGAGUCAUCAGACUUAGGUUCAACUUUAAUUGUUCUCUGGUCUUCCACCCCAGCAGCUCUUCUUGUUUUAUAUCCUAGGAUUCUGGGUUUUCAAAUUAGAACAUUAGACAUUAGAAUUAGUGUAGGCAGGGGCAGGGCACCAGCC